AUGAGGGUCCGGCUACCAUUUGCAGGGAGUUUUAUCCUACUCGUAAUCUUUGUUGGCUACAAUAGUCUUUCUUCAUAUCAGUCCGGGACUAGAGUUAACGAGAAAAUUUUGCACAGCAUCAUCUUCUUCAUCCUUACCACUAGCUUUUACUGGAUUCUCGAUACCUCUCGGCGCAGAAGCUUCAAUUUCACUCUUUUAGUCUGUACCGGUGUGCUAGGUAUCGGCUCUGAGUUUCUUGAGGGCUUCCUGCCAAAUUCUCACCCAUUCAACCUCAAUGAAGUUUUAGCAAAUAUCUUGGGCUCUCUUUUAGCUCUUGGGAUGAAUAGUUGGUACCAUACACGCAUGCUAGAAAGAAAAAGAUUGGCGAAACAAUACCAAACAGUACCAGAAGACGAUGAUAUAGAGCUCGGUAGUAGUGCUGGUACUCAGGAAAUUGAUUUAACAUUAAGAACACCAGGGGUACCUCUUUUGGAACGAACGAUAGACAAACAAGAAGAUAUUGAAUUCUCUAAUACAGCAGAAAGUCUUAGAAGGCCUAGUGCACAGUCAUUGAUUGCUGGAGAUGGGAGUGACGCCAAAAAACGUGCUGACUGA